UUGCUUACUUUGCUUACGUCGUCGGCUGUUCGAAAUCGUUAUUGUCCGAAUUUGGCCAGAAGAUUCUGGAAUUUUUAACACGUGAAACUACUUUUAAUUCAAAUAAAAUAAUGGCUGAUAAAUCAGAAGCGUUUGAUGGCAUUUUGCUGUCCAUUGCAACUCAACAUGAAGGCGGUGUUCAGGAUUUGUUGGACACAUUCUUCAGCUUCCUGUGUCGGAAAACAGAUUUUUACACUGGUGCAGGAAUUCAAGCAGCUGAAAAGUUGCUGAUGGAAAAGUUCAACAAAUACAAGAUCAAAGCCGACCAGGAAACAGCCAAGAAAAAGGCCGAGAUCGAGGAGCGUGAAAGGAAGAUCAAAGAACGCCGGGAAAAGGAGUUGAAACAACAACUGGAGGAGCAGCAAAAGAAAGAAGCUGCCGAACCGAAAAUCAAAGAACUGACGGAUGAAGAAGCUGCCGAGAUGGUGGAGCAGCAAAAGAAGAAGCAAGAGGAAUCGUCUAACGAAGUAGCCAAAGUAUCCUCCAAGGAAGUCGACAGCACCAGCAAAAAGGACGAAGAGGAGGAUCCACAGGAUGCUGGCAAGCUCAAACCCAAUGCCGGCAAUGGAUGUGAUCUGCCAAACUACCGAUGGACUCAAACCCUCUCAGACAUUGAGGUGCGGAUCCCGUUGCCCAAGGCCGGACUUCGUUCCCGCGACUUGACGGUCGACAUCCAGAAGAAUCAUCUCAAGGCCGGCAUCAAGAACCAACUGCCGGCCGUCGUCGACGAUCGACUCUUGCACGACGUCAAAAUUGAGGAAUCAACUUGGCUGAUUGAAGACAAGCUCACGUUGCUCAUCACGCUGGAGAAGGUGAACAAGAUGGAGUGGUGGAGCCGGCUGGUCUUGUCCGAUCCGGAGAUCAACACCAAAAAGAUCAAUCCCGAACCGUCGAAGCUGUCGGACCUGGACGGAGAGACGCGGGGGCUCGUCGAGAAGAUGAUGUACGACCAGCGUCAGAAGGAAAUGGGACUGCCGACAUCCGAAGAACAAAAGAAACAAGAUAUGAUGAAAAAGUUCAUGGAACAACACCCCGAAAUGGAUUUCAGCAAGUGCAAGUUUUCCUGAGCGAUAUCAAGAAUUGUUUUACGAGUUCUUAAAAAAACAAAUUUCCAUUUCUACACAACAAAGAAUUGCUAAUUAAUUUCCCUUCUUAUUUCUUCCAAGAAUACAAUUCGAAACCAA